UCUUUGGCGCCACUGACCAGUAUCUCCACUUCCAGCAAAUAUAAAUUUCAAAAUGAAAUUCUUCGCCGUAUUCGCUGCCGUCCUGGCCCUCGCGGCCGCCGCGCCCACCACCCAGUGGACCCUCAACGAGCUGUCCGAGGCUAUUCAGAACCCGGCCACCAACGACGUUUCUGGCAAACCCCUUGUGCAGAUCAUCGUCAACAUCAACCAGGAGUCCCCCGCCUCCGUCCAGCCCGCUCCCGUGGAGGUGCCUGAGAUCCCCGAGAUCGAGCCUACCCCCGUCAUCGUUGUUCCUGAGGCCCCCGCUGAGAUCGAGCCCACCCCCGUGAUCGUGGUCCCCUCGCCCGUGCCCGCCCCUUCUCCCAUUGAGAUCGUGCCUUCUCCCGUCGAGGUCGUGCCCGCUCCUACCCCUAUUGAGAUCGUGCCCGCGCCUACCCCCAUCGAGAUUGUGCCCGCGCCUACUCCCAUCGAGAUCGUGCCCGCGCCUACCCCCAUCGAGAUCGUGCCCGCGCCUACUCCCAUCGAGAUCGUGCCCGCGCCUACUCCCAUCGAGAUUGUGCCCGCGCCUACUCCCAUCGAGAUCGUGCCCGCGCCUACCCCAUCGAGAUUGUAUCGUGCCCGCGCCUACCCCAUCGAGAUUGUGCCCGCGCCUACUCCCAUCGAGAUUGUGCCCGCACCAACCCCCAUUGAGAUCGUGCCCGCUCCCUCUCCAAUUGAAAUCGCUCCCGCGCCUACCCCCAUUGAGAUCGUGCCCGCGCCUACUCCCAUCGAGAUUGUGCCCGCGCCUACUCCCAUCGAAAUUGUGCCCGCACCAACCCCCAUUGAGAUCGUGCCCGCUCCCUCCCCAAUUGAAAUCGCUCCCGCGCCUACCCCCAUUGAGAUCGUGCCCGUACCUACUCCCAUCGAGAUUGUGCCCGCGCCUACUCCCAUCGAGAUUGUGCCCGCGCCUACCCCCAUUGAGAUCGUGCCCGCUCCCUCUCCAAUUGAAAUCGUUCCCGCGCCUACCCCCAUCGAGAUCGUGCCCGCACCUACCCCCAUCGAGAUUGUGCCCGCUCCUUCUCCCAUCGAAAUCGCCCCGGCACCUACCCCCAUCGAGAUUAUCCCCGCCCCUACUCCUAUUGAGAUCAUCCCCGCCCCCGAGCCCAUCGUGAUCGCCCCCGAGAACCCCAUCGACGUGAUCGCCGUCAGCGCCCCCGAGGUGAACCCCGCUGACCUGCUCGCGCCCGUGCCCGUCGCCGUCGCCGGCGCCGCUGAGGGAGACCGCGUUUAA